AUGGAUAUCUUCAACCCUAUUUCCCCUUCCGGUGAUCUUGUACUUCCACCACAGUUGAGCCGACUUUUAGGCUCAACCUGGAUCACCUUAGUCCUCUGUGCACUAGUCGUGUUAUUGGUGCUUUAUCACCUUGACACCACCGAUGUGCCAUAUAUUCGCGGUCUCGCCUCAGCUCCUGGGGUACCUAUAUUCGGAAACCUUAUCCAAUUAGGCGUCGAACACCCCAAGCGCCUCGCCGAGCUUGCUAAGAAACAUGGACCGGUCUACCAGAUCAGACUAGGAAAUCGAGUACGUUGGCCCUCCCCAAAUAUCAUUAUCCUUAUACUGAUUUCUGUCGAGCGAUUCGUUGUGGCAAACAGCUUUGAGACUGUGAAGGAACUCUGGAUCAAGAACCAGUCCAAUCUCAUAUCUCGACCUAAGCUACAUACAUUUCACAAUGUGUUGUCAGGAUCCGAGGCCUUUACCAUUGGUACUUCACCGUGGGACGACUCCUGCAAGCGUCGCAGAAAGGCCGCCGCGACAGCAGUGAACCGACCAUCCGUUGCUUCAUAUAUGCCUUUGAUUGAUCUAGAGUCGCUCGUGAGCAUUAGGGAACUUGUCAACCAGGUUCGUGGAAAGAAGGACCAGGUUGACCUGAACCCAUAUGCUCUGUUCCAGCGUCUUGCGCUGAACCUUAGCCUGACGCUUGGCUAUGGCUUCCGUAUUGAUGGAGACUCUGGAGACGAGUUGUUGACUGAAAUUGUGAAUGUUGAGCGCGGUAUUAGUACUCUUCGCAGUACAAGUAACAAUUGGCAAGACUUUGUCCCCAUGCUGAGGAUUCUUCCUAAAGGAAAUGAUAUAGCUGCGGAUUUGCGGGUUCGCCGUGAUAAAUAUCUCGAGUUUCUUCUGAAGAGGCUUAAGGAUCACAUAGCCCAGGGAACUGACAAGCCUUGUAUCACUGGAAACAUUAUCAAGGAUCCAGAAUACAAACUAGACCAUGCGGAAAUCAAGUCAAUUUGCCUAACAAUGAUUGCUGGUGGCCUUGAUACAACUCCAGCGUGCAUUCAAUUUGGUACUGCCAUGCUAUCUGGCCCCCAAGGCCCAGAAUUGCAGAAGAAGCUGCUGGAUGAAAUCAAAACAGUGUAUCCGCACAACGAUGCGUGGCAGAAAUGUCUUGUGGAAGAGAAACUCGAGUAUAUGUCCGCAUUCUGCAAAGAAGUUCUCCGAUUCUGGACAGUUAUUCCCAUGUCUCUUCCACGCGUCAGUGUCAAGGAUAUGGAUUACAAAGGCUCGUUAAUACCCGCUGGCACAACUUUCCUGAUGAAUGCCUGGGCGGCCGACUACGACACCGACCAUUACGAAUCACCUCAAACAUUCGCCCCUGAACGCUUCAUCGACAUGGCCGAGGGAUCGGGAACUCUACAUUUCGCAUUUGGAGCCGGCUCCCGGAUGUGUACAGGCUCGCACUUGGCGAUGCGGGAGAUGUAUGUCACGUUCGCGCGUCUAGUAAUCGCCCUUGAGGUUCUCCCUGCAAAGGAUCCAUCUCGAAGGCCCAUUUUGUCAGGCCCACUCGAGGCUAAUGCCAACCCCUCGGGAUUGUCUAUUGAGCCUAAGGACUUCGAUCUUGGUUUCAAAAUUAGAGACGAGAAAUUACUGGACUCAUGGAUUGAGCAGUCUGAAAAGGCUACAAUGCAUCUACUUGCCUGA